AUGGCUGGAUCGCGCAUCACCUACCGCUUUACGUUCAUUGACCUGGCCGAUGACGGCAAGGUAGAUGGCGAAGCUCGUCGUGGUCGGGCCAGGAGCUUUUCUCCGAUUCGGGCAUCCGUGGCAAAGUCGGAGACCCCAGUGGUGGAUGCAUGGGCACAGCGUCAUCUUCGCACGCUCCGGCACGGGCAGGACGCAACAGUUUGCGAUCCGCCGGCACCAAACCGGGGCAGCGUCGGACACCCAACCUUGUGCAGCCGCCCAUGCAUCUACUUCGCAAAGGAAGGGCAGUGCCCGAAAGGUGAUGCCUGUGGCUUUUGCCACUAUUACCAUUCCAGUGCCCCAAAGCCUGACAAGCAUCAGCGUGAGUUGAUGAAGACGAUGCACAGGCUCGGUGUUCAUUUGGAACCAUUUGUCAUUUCUUCGAAACAGACACGCAGGAAGUUCCAAAAACUACUUCGGUUGUGGAUGAACGCGGCCGAAAAUUCGGACAACCCUCAACUCCCGAAGCCCUAA